CUCGUUUUCUCUUCACCACAGUCACAUUCACUCACUCCUUCAAACUAUUCUCUCUUUGCUAUAACUGUUAUAAUCACUUCAUAAUCUUUCUGUUUUCUCUAACUCUCUUUCUCUUUCUACAAUGGCUAGCUCCACCCUUGUGCUGACGCUAGUCGCCGCAUUGCUCGUCGGAUCCGCCGUCGCUCAGUCUCCGGCGUCGGCGCCCGCUCUGUCUCCGAGGAGAACGCCAGUCGCCACGCCGCCGGCGAUUUCUCCCUCCGCCGCUUCACCGCUGGCUUCUCCUCCUGCUCCGGUGGUGAGCGGUCCCUCUCCUUCACCGUCCGCCGUCAACUCGCCGCCGUCUCCUCCUCUUGCUCCCUCCGUUUCGCCGGCCGGUGUUCCUUCUGUCACUCCCUCGUCCAUCGCCGGUACUCCGUCCGAGGCACCGGCACUGGCUCCGGCACAAAACGGAGCCGCAUGGAACAGAUUCAGCGUCGCCGGAUCCGCCGCCGUGGUGGUUCUCGCUGCAGCUUUGCUUGUGUAGAGAGAGUUUCGUGGAGUUUUAACCUUCUAGCUAUUUAAUCUAUAUCGUCGCGAAUUUACACGGAUCGUGUAUUAUUGUGCUUCAUUUUUGGUUGCUUUUGUAUGCUGUGUGAGGAUUCAUUCUUUCGAUUAUUUUGUGCAUUGUAUUUAUGAUGAUGAUGUUGAAUGAUACAUUCUUAUUUUGCUUAA